AUGAGCCUCGAUUCUAAGAAAAAAACGGGUCCGCGCAAGCUCCAAACCAAACAAUCCGAGCCCAUCUCGGAUGACAGGGAAGAAACAGCCGUGCCUGCAACCCCUUUCUCAAAGUCUACAAAGGAGUCUCCUGGUGCACCCGAGCAGCGCCGUCCUAUCUCCCCACCCAAGGAUGAUGGUUCUCAAGCUUCUGGCGCCGCGGCCCCACUCGGGCGCGCCGUGUCCGAACGGCCCGAGAAGGUUCGGAGCCAAUCGGGUCAAGUGAAGGAUAUAGCGCGAGAGGGUGAGAACACUGACUCGAGCACCGUGUCGGCUGAUUCUUCUACGCUUAAGGGUCUCCAGGUCGCCAAGGGUGGCCAAAUCUGCGAUCAGAACGGCAACCCAAUGGGAAAAGUGGUGGAGGGAGACUCGGAAGACUUGGUUGGCCAGACUGUCGGGGACAAUGGCGACAUUCUCAACGAGGAUGGCGAUUUGAUCGGCCGUGUUGAUAUAUUGGAUGAGACGGUUGAUCAAUCUACGGAGUUUUCUGGGGAGGAAAACUCGAAGCUGGACCAGGCCAAGGACGUGGUAACCACCCUGGGCGAACUCGAUGGGCUGCCUGUCUCCGAGGGUGGCGUGAUUGAGAAUUCUUCCGGCCUGGCGGUGGGCAAGAUUGUCGAGGGAGAUCCGGAGGAUCUCGUCGGAUAUACCGUCAAUGGCGAGGGCGAGAUCGUCGAUGAUGAAGGCGACGCCAUAGGCCGAGUGGAGUUGUUCCCCGUGGAGGAGCAGCAGCAACAGCAACAGAAGAGCGCCGAAGAGACCGCUCACGACGACACCGAGGAGAAUAACAAAAGAAUACCGUCGAUCGAGUCUCUUGAGGGUCUGAAGUGCAACAAGCGCGGCUACAUCAUGGAUGAAGCUACCGGCAAGCCUGUUGGCGAAAUAAUUGAAGGUGACCCUAAGAAGCUCUCGAAGCUUGGCGCCGAACUUGACGCCUUGGGCCAGUUUUGGGACAACCGCGGCAAUAUGAUCGGCAAGGCCCAGCCAAUACCCGUCUACGAUGAUGAAGAGGGAGGGCUAUUUGCGGGCCUAGAUGGCCUGGUCGUCGGCCAGGACGGGUGGGUCGAAGACGAGAACCAGACGAGGGUCGGGCGAGUCAUUGAAGGCGACGCGAAGAAGCUGGUCAACAGAGCAGUGGACGAGGACGGUGAAAUACUCGACCAGUAUGGCAACGUCAUCGCGCGUGCAGAACGGUGGGAGGAACCUGAAUCGCCUCAGGUAGAGCCUAUUGACCUUUCCAGUAUGGAAGGGCUGAGCUGCAAUAAGGCCGGGUAUGUGAUCGGGCCGGAGGGCUUUCCGAUCGGUCGUAUUAUUGAGGGCUACCCUAAGGAGCUGGCGGGAAAAAGGAUAUUCGAGAACGGCGAGAUUUAUGAAGGCAAAAAUAUUGUCGGUCGCGCCGAGCUUAUUCCUGACGACGAGCGCGAAGAUAUUCCCGAUGGCCCGUUCGCCGGCUUCGAGAGCCUGGUUGUUACUGAGGACGGGUUUAUCGAGGACGAGAACGGCUCUAUUGUAGGCCGACUUACCGAGGGGGUUGCCAAAAAAUUGCGUGGCCAAAUGGUCGACGAAGAUGGGGAGAUUACAGAUAAAUAUGGCAAUGUCAGGGGCCGUGGCGAGCCUUAUGAGCCACCUGAGGAAGAACCCCCCGCUGAAGAGGACCUGUCUAUUCUUGAGGACAAAGUAGUGAAUAAGCAGGGGAAUAUCGUGGACCCAGCUACGGGUGCUGUCUUUGGGCGGGUCAUUGAAGGCGAACGUCUCGCUAGCUAUAAGGUCGACGGCCAGGGUCAAAUCUGGAAUGAUAACGGUAAGGUGGUUGGCCGGGCAGGGCUGAUACCCGAUGAUGAGCAGGAAGAGAAGGAGGGGCAGUUCUACGGCUUCGAUAAAGCUGAGGUCGGUAAGGACGGUAUGGUUGUGGACAAAGGCCGAAUUAUCGGCCGCCUUAUCGAAGGCGAUGCAAAGUAUCUUUUCGGCCGUAAGGUCGAUGAGGACGGCGAUAUUAUUGAUAAGAAUGGAAAUACUAUCGGUAAGGCCGAACGCUGGGAACCGGAAGAGAAGCAGCGCGAUAUCAACCCUAUGUCUGGCCGCAAGAUCACUAAGGAGGGUGAGGUACGUGAUACGGAUGGUAACCUUAUUGGUAAACUGACUUCCGGUAAUCUGGCAACGCUGGUUGGUAAAACCGUUAACGAUAACGGCUAUAUCGUUGACAACGAUGGCAACAACAUUGGCGAGUGUACCUUACUGGAGAAUAUUCCGGAACCUAAGCCUGAAGAAGAGGAUCUCACCUCGGAAGAGGCAGAGGCUCAGGCUAAGGCCGAGCAAGACCGCCAGAUAGCUGAGAAGAUGAUCUAUAUCCUCAGUCAGACCCUCGACCGACAAACCGAAAAGGCCGAGCGUACACCCAAGGAAGAGCUCGACGAAGAGAAGCUCGUCCAAGCCGUUAAACCUCUUCUGGAAGAAGGCGGCCGUAUCCUCCAAGAAUGUAAUGGCUCUAUCCGCGCCCUCGACCCCGAUGGCCGCAUCGCGGCCACCGCUAAGGCGCGCGCCGCCUCACGUGAUGCUACCCCGGAAGAGUACCAGCUCGCCGACCUACUCAAGGAGCUGGCCGAGACAGUCACCAAGACGAUCGAUAACGGCCGCAAACGCAUAGCUGACAUGCCUCACGCCAAGAAAAAGCUGAAUCCGCUCUGGGCCCUCCUUUCCGAGCCACUUUUCCAAAUCAUUGCCGCUGUGGGUUUGCUGCUGAGCGGUGUUCUGGGGUUGGUCGGAAAACUGCUCGGUGGUCUCGGGCUGGGUGGUUUGUUGAAUGGCCUUCUUGGUGGAUUGGGACUUGACAAGUUGUUCGGUAGUCUAGGAUUAGGGGAAAAAAAGUAA